AAUCUGGGCGCGUUAAGCAUCACUGGUCCACGCGCUGCCUCCAGUCUCCCUGCAGUCGAAGGGAGGAGAGCGAGACAAUACGCAGCACCUCCAUACAUGUAGUGAUGCAACUGUUGUAUUAAGGUUUCAUAUAUUGUAUAUUUCUAGAAUUCCUUCAUCUGAGAGGGAGGAGAACCCUUAGACACUCGGGACAGGUCGGUCGGCGCUUCUACGGCAGCAAAGAAUUCAAGAGCUGAAGACUGACUGUAGCAGAGUUGUAGGGCGACCGUAAAGCGAGCACUCGACGGUUUCAUUAGAUGCGUUUGCAGAGAAGUAAAGCAUGACAACAUACUCCGCGGGGUAAAACGACGACAUUAUGUUUUGACCAUCGACACUUUGACCUGUGAGAGAGAGGAGAGUCCUAUAAUGGCCCAUAGGAUAAGCAGUAAAAAAACAACUGAGGAGCAUCUGUUUGUGGAUCCAGUCCAUGUCAACCUUCAGAGCAACCAGACAUCUUCCCACUAACACAUCUGACUUCUGCUGAAAGAUCCCAGUGAGUGUCUCCAUCAUGAGGCUGGUGUGGAAGUCCCUGGACAAGAUGAGGUGUUUCCGUAAACGCUCCACCAUUCCCUUUCUGGGGGUCCUGAUCACCUGCCUCCUCUUCCUCAACCUGUACAUGGAGGAUGGAUACGUCCUGGAGGAGGAUAAAAGACCGCUGAGAGAGACAUCAAUGCAUCCUUCAAACACUGAGAGAUAUGUUCACACCUUCAGAGACCUCACUAAUUUCUCUGGAACCAUAAACGUCACAUAUCGUUACCUCGCUGGGAACCCACUGCCCCGAAAGAAAUAUCUAACCAUUGGAUUGUCAUCCGUGAAAAGAAAAAGAGGAAAUUACCUCAUGGAGACGAUCAAAUCUAUUUUUGACCAGUCCAGUUAUGAGGAGCUGAAAGAGAUUGUGGUGGUGGUCCACCUGGCAGACUUUGACCUGGCCUGGUGUGAAAACCUGGUGCAGGACAUCUCCAGGAAGUUUGCCCACCACAUCAUCGCUGGGCAUCUCCUGGUGAUCCAUGCCCCUGAGGAGUACUAUCCAUCACUGGAUGGGCUAAAAAGGAACUACAAUGACCCAGAGGACAGGGUACGAUUCCGCUCCAAGCAGAACGUGGAUUAUGCCUUUCUCCUCAACUUCUGCACCAACCUCUCUGAUUUCUACAUGAUGCUGGAGGAUGAUGUGCGCUGCUCACGGAACUUUCUGACAUCUCUGAAGAAGGUGGUCACCUCCAGGGAAGGCUCCUACUGGGUGAUGCUGGAGUUCUCCAAGCUUGGAUACAUAGGGAAGCUCUACCACUCAAGAGACCUGCCACGCCUGGCCCACUUCUUGCUCAUGUUCUACCAGGAGAUGCCCUGUGACUGGCUCCUCAUUCACUUCCGGGACCUGCUUGCCCAGAAAGACGUGAUCCGCUUCAAGCCCUCCUUGUUCCAGCACAUGGGCUACUACUCCUCAUAUAAAGGGGCAGAGAACAAGUUGAAGGAUGAUGACUUUGAAGAAGACUCCAUUGAUAUCCCUGACAACCCUCCUGCUAGCCUGUACACAAACAUUCAUGUAUUUGAAAACUAUGACGCCACCAAGGCUUAUAGCAGUGUGGACGAAUACUUUUGGGGGAAACCCCCUUCAACCGGAGACUUCUUUGUUAUAGUCUUUAACAAAUCAACUAAAAUAAGCAAGAUAAAAAUUGUGACAGGAACGGACGAUCGUCAGAACGAUAUCCUGCACCAUGGAGCUCUGGAAGUAGGAGAGAAGCUGGUGGGGACAAAGAGAGGAAGGCAGUGUUCUUCCUACAUCACGUUAGGGGAGUUUAAAUAUGGUAACAUUGAGGUUCAAGACGUGGACCACAAGAUUGCCUUUGACAUUGAGUGUGUUCGUAUUGUGGUGACUGCCAGUCAGAAAGAAUGGCUGAUCAUUAGGAGUAUAAGCAUGUGGACUACACAACCUCCCAGUCAAUGAGGACAAUACAAAAACAGUUGGUUUAGACAACAGUUGGUUUAGUAAUUCAGUUGACAGUGUAUUUAUUUAUGUACUUAUUUAUGUAUUUAUUUUCACAUUAUUGCAUUUAUUUUAUCAUUUAUUUUCACAUGUAUUUAUUCAUUUUAUAGUAUACUGUAUGUAUUCAUUCAUAUUUUGAUCUAGAAUUUUUUAUAUUUUAAGGUACCUUUAUCGAAUUAUACAGUUAUGGAAAUCAUCACAAUCCAUGUUUUUAAGGAUUGUCUGACUGACCUCUUUUAUGGGUGUGACCCGUUUUUAUGGGUGUGACCCGUUUUUAUGGGCGUGAGUAUAUAGGAAUGGUCUGUUGGUUAUUUCACUCAUGAUGUUGUUUAUUUUUCUGUAUAUUUUUCUCAGUUUCUUUCCACAUCGAAAGCAGCCUCUGGGUCCUCUGGCCUUGAACAGUGUUGCUUAAUAAAUAACACCCCUGCCGACAGUUUUUGCCCCAGGAACAUAGCAUUGCACCAAAUGUUCUUGCUAUCAGUAAGUACUGUAGCUCCAUUCACCUCUUUCCGAAGUUAUCCUGUCCAUGUUACCCUAUAAGCAUUAUGAUGGUAAAUAUUUCCACAAAUAUCCAUUGUGUCAGGGCUUUACUUUUGUCAGUGCUGCUUCAAUCCCUCCUAUCUAGGCUAGUGUGGUGUUGAAGUGUUGGAGCGAGCUGUGCUAUUUCCCUGGCGCUGUAUGUUCCAUCAGAACCCCUGACGGGAGAACAAUGUUUGUUUUCACCCAUCUUCUCUAACAGCUCAGAUCGGAUUGUGAAAAAUAGGGUGGACCUGAUCUUUCCCUUUUUUCCACCACAGCACAAUUUUACCCCAGUAAAUUGGUCUGUGUUUGGCACUCUCUCUCUGCUUUACACCAGCAAACAACAACCCCCCCUGGAGCUAGGCUCUCCAGUACAUUUUCUCUCUUUCCCCUAUGUUGUGCUCCCCUAGCCGCUAAUGUAUCUUCUCUUAGAAUGUUUCUGUAAUAUAGAAACAAAUACAUUUUACUCUGUGUGGUACCCAUGGGCGAUGGUAACUUAAAGCCACCAUCUGUAAAAUGUUCAGUAAUAUGCAAUUAAUAAAAUAUACCCUGUAAUUUUGAAAAAAUACGUAUAAAGUCAAUUCUCAAAAUGAGACAAGGACUACUGUCAUAACAAUUCAGAAAUGAUUUUGAAGAAUCACCUUGUCCUCUCCCUUUUCAUACAAUGUUGUUCUGUUAGCAAGUGUAGCUUUGUGACAAAUAUCUUUCCAUAAUCAAGAGAAUCAUCAAUUUCAACAAAUCUUUGCAACGCAAUAAAAUGAUAAAUGUUUGCAUACAUGACACCAAUAUUCUGUUGAAAUACUAAAGGUGGAGGUGGAGGCAUGGUUCAAAACCUACAGCAGUUUUAUUUUCACACAAAAUGCCUUGUUAUGGUAUACCUGUUAUUUCAGUCAAUCACAUCCAUUUUUAAAGCCCAUUUUACAUCAGCAGUUGCUUAUACAGAAACCCAGCUUAAAACCCCAAAGAGCAAGCAAUGCAGAUGUAGAAGCACAGUGGCUGGGGAAAACCCCCUACAAAGGAACCUAGUGAGAAACAUAGAGAGGAACCAGGCUCUGAGGGGUGGCCUGUCCUCUUCUGGCUGUGCCAGGAGGGGAUUAUAAGGGUGCAUGGCCUUUUCCGUGUUGUUCUCCCAUUUGGUCUUGUUCAGACACAGAUCAAGAGUUUCUCUUUAUCCAUGGCUCUGAUCUAUUCAUUAUAAGCGUCUGUGUUCCAAAUCACCUUGAAUAACAACCUUUUCCUUCUUAUCAAACAUUUGAUGACAUGAGGCCCCAACCUCUUAUGACUUCAUUUUGUGCAUGUUAAAAAGUCAGUAAAUAAGGUAAUUAUUCACUGUUUAUAGCUCCUCCUUUCUAUACAAUUGCUAUGGUUAUAAUUAAACUGUAGUGCUCUGUACAAACAAACCUUUUAGUAGAUGCUCUUAUCCAGGGCAAUUUAUAGGAGCAAUUAGGCUUAAGUGCCUUGCUCAAGGGCUCUGGGAUUCAAACCAGCAAUCUUCCGGUUACUGGCCCAAUGCUCUUAACCACUAGGUUACCUGCUGCCCCGUCAUCUUUUGUACAGGUCAUCAAAAUAUAUAUUACUUCUUCUUAUGCCCAUUCUACAAAAUGAUAUAGUUUCACUUCAAAUCCUCUGCCGUUUAGAACAUAAGGUCUUACUGCAAGCAUUAUGAAAAGGCCCAGUGUGGUCCUUUCAUUCAAAUUUUGUGGACUUUAUUGAAAAGUGUAAGAACAUUAUUACAAAAUGCAAUGAAAUAUAUGUGCUGAUGUACACAGCAGUGCCAACGAAUCAGGUCAGUGUACCUGUAAUGAUACAGCUUAAGCCAUGGACACGUCACAGUAGGAUCCCUAGUUUUCCUGGAAUCCCUGGGAGUAUUCUUGGGAUAGAGAUUGUGAUUCCAAGAUUCCUUUAUUUGAUCCUGGGAGGUUGUUGUACAUGGAUAUUACUUGAGGGGAAAUUGCUGUCAUAGCUGAAGAAAAGACUGAAGUCAAAACUAGCAUUUACAUCUUGGCGGGGAAACAUAGAAAUAUUAAUAAAUUCUGUUCGGCUCAGAGUCAGCAAACUGAUGCGUACAGCUGUUCCGCCUUUGGCGACCUGACUUCAAACAGCAAUAUCUCCUAAUACUUUUUAGUGAGCUUAACGUAUACAUUAUGUGGUAGCAAAUGCACCACAUUAGAUAAUUCCAGGGUGUUUUUUUAUAAUAAUUUACAACAGAUCAGUAGCCAUGCUACCCAGGAGCCUUCUGUCACUGUUCCCAUAACUCACGAAUAACAAGAGAAAGCAGUGUAUAAAGGGAAAUUCUGGGUUGUUGGGAAGUUUUGCUGUCUUCCAAUUGUGAGUGUACAAAGAUGCAUGCAUCUGAACAACACCAAGUGUUAAGUGAGUAAUUGAAUCCUUUUAUAUUCCAGGAUCUAUAACUUGUUGUCCAGCAUCUGCAGUGGAACUUGACUGAAAGUGUACUUGGUUUGUGACUAGAUGCUUACCAAUACUACCUUACUUACUUACAACAGGUUAAAUCUCACUUGUGCUAUAUUGUUCAGUGGAGAGAAUGUGUAGAGAUGUCGUUUUCGUGUUGUAUUUUCCGACAUUGUUCGUCAAACAGUACUGUAUGUAUAUUGUUGUAAAAUGACAUAUAUUUUUUUACAUGUAUCAUUUCAAAUGUUUUAUUGCAUAUAUUGUAUUUAAAAUCAAUUUAGAUUAAACAAAAUGAAUGCCAAUAACCUUAGGGGAAGUACAUUGACUUUGCAAAAGUCUAGCACUACUUUCAUUGAUAUCAAAAGUCUACCACUACUUUCAUUGAUAUUAAAAGGGGAAAAAUGCUGUGUGAGAAAUUGCACAGCACAAAAUUCUGAAUGACAUCAUUGUCUGCAUCAGUACAUUCAGUGGGGCAUGAAUAUGGUAUUCAAUGGUUAAAGGAGAGAGAAAGACCUAUUGAGAACAAGGUAGCCUUGAGUCAAUACAGUAUGUGUUAUUAUAAUGUCUUUGCCUGAACAUGUUACAGUAUGUUUUGAUAUAGAAAUGUUUACCAAUAAAUGUAGAUCCUGCAAUUUGGCUACCCUCGUCACAGUGCAAAUAAAAAUAACUGGUGUGA